UUGUUCGACCCGAUCCGAUAAGAACAAAACCCUUUCUUCCUUUCCUCUCUCUCUCUCUGGUGUUUGAGCGCUCUGUGAAGAGCUUCGGUUUGGAAGGUUAGUUUAGCUUGUGCUCAGAGCUUUAGCGAUGGUAGCUACUUGUCUUCGCAAUGUUGCUGCUCUGACGGGUCGAGUUCAGAGAAACAUUGGAAUACCUGCUAUUGGUGAAAUAUCUGGAUUUUUUAUGGGAGAAAGGAAUCAAUCAAUUUUCACUUGCCUGUUCCAGGCCAAUCAGAAACGCUUGAUGACCAGAAGCAGAAGAGUGCAAGACAGGAGUAAGCUGAAAAGGAUCCAUGAUCUUGAGAUAGCAACAGAACGGUGGAAAGUAGUAUCGAAACUGCUGGCCAUGAUGGAAAUUCUCAAAAAAGAACCCGAGCAAAUAGUACCACUAAGAAGAUUAGAACAGUAUCGUCAGCAAAUUAAUUUGAAAAAGCCACAUAAAGUUUCAGACUUCAUACGCAAGUCCCCCAAGAUUUUUGAAUUAUAUCGGGACAAGAAUGGGGUUGUCUGGUGUGGGCUUACAAAGCGUGCUGAACAUCUUGUAGAGGAAGAGACUCGGCUUUUGGAAGAGCACACGGAAAAGGUGGUUGAGUAUGUGACUAGAUUCUUGAUGAUGUCCAUAGAUAAAAGGCUGCCUGUGGACAAGAUUGCGCAUUUUAGGCGGGACUUGGGUCUUCCUUAUGAUUUCAGGAACAAAUGGAUCCAUAUGUUUCCGGAGCAUUUUAGGGUUAUAAAAAUAGACGAUGUUGAAUACUUGGAGCUAACAUCUUGGAAUCCUUCUUGGGCAGUAACAGAGUUGGAGAAGAAAUCGGUUGCCGGGGCAAGUUCCGAGUUUCACUCUCCAGGAAUACUCACCCUUCCAUUUCCAAUGAAGUUCCCUCCGAACUUCAAGAAGAUUUUUAGAGAUGGUGGAAGAAUAGAACACUUUCAAAAGAGGCCUUAUCUAUCUCCUUAUGCUGACGCACGAGAUCUCAGCCCCGGGUCGCAAGAAUUUGAUAAGAGAGCGAUUGCGGUUAUGCAUGAGAUAUUGAGCUUUACACUUGAAAAGCGGCUUGUUACUGAUUUUCUCACACACUUCCGCUGGGAAUUUGUGAUGCCGCAGAAACUGAUGAGGCUUUUUUUGAAGCAUUAUGGCAUAUUUUAUGUUUCUGAAAGAGGAAAAAGAUUAAGCGUCUUCCUUUCCGAAGCAUAUGAAGGUUGUGAGUUGAUUGAGAAAAGUCCUUUGGUGCUCUGGAAGGAAAAAAUUUUAAGAUUAACAGGUUACCGUGGGAGACGAAAAAAGAUUGGGAAGUUUAAUGAGUUCUCUUACGAUGAUGAAGAAGAAGAAGAACAAGAAGAUGAAGAAGAAGAAGACAUUCUGUUCGGCGAUAAUGAUGAUUCUGAAAGUACCUUGGAGUUUGAGGAUGGCGAGAGUACUGAUGCCCUCGAAGAUGAUUGUCUUGCAGAUGAUUCUGAGAUGGACAUUGACAAGGUUGUGAUGCAUAUGAGGGUCUCGACUCCACUUGAGGUGUGAGAUUUUGUGCCGCAGAACUUUUUUUUUAUACUUUGUGAUACCACAUAAUAAAAAUUCAUAGAAUAUCACUGAAAUUAUUGUCGAUAUCAUUAUAAAUCUGCAUGAUAUCAACUAUAAUCUGUCAUUGCAUUUUGCUGCAUUCAUCAUUAUUCAAUGAAGCAAUAUAAAUGAUGUUCUGAUCAUCUGAAUCUAAUCA